AUGUUCAAGGACCCAUUUGCGGCGGCGGGUAGCGAGUCCGAUCCAUCUGGGCGAAGCAGCAGUCCACUGGUCCCCAGGUUCACAGCAGACACAUCUGGAGCCACUCUUCAUCGACCAAAUGCCCCUGCUAAUGUGUCCGCAGGCCACGCACUGAAUGUGACUUCGAGCAAGGCUGUCGCUGAUACCAUGGCCAUGCUGAAGGACGGUUUAGCAGAGAUGCAUCGGAAGUAUGGGAUCCACGACGCACAGCUCGAAGCUCUCGAAAAUAACGUGUCGACUAUCGAGGGCAUUUACGCUGACCUGUCGCACGACGUAGGGGUACUAUGCGCUGAGAACCGUGCAAUGAUAGAAACAAUCAAUCAGUGUCUCAGUUGCAUAUCUCGCCUGGAGGAUGAACUGGAGAGCUUACACGAGAACGGCAUCGCUCCGUCAGCUGAUGGCAUUAACACGCAUGAUGUGGAUGGUCAGCACAAAGGAAUUGUGAUGGCUGGCAAUGACCAUGACAUGGCAGGAGGCAAAAAGCAGCGCAACAAUCGCUUGAGUAACAUCGUCAGAGCGGCCAUGUACCACUUGAUUGGGAUCGACUCUAAGACAGUGCCACCGUCAUCACUUCAUGAAGGAGUCUUCUGGAGUGGAGAGGUUGGCGAUGAGAACCGAGCGCUUCGUCCAAACUGGGAAACUUGGAACGUCAACAAGGUGGCUUGGGUCAGAGAAAUUGUCCAGAAGAUACAAACCGAUGGGAUGUGCUGGCACAGUGGGUUGACAUCGGAACAAUUACAGAACAUGGCGAUGUCAGAUAUCGAGGUGGCUAUCAACAGUGUGUGGGAGACGAUGCGGGCCCGAGUCAAAGCUAGUCAAAAGAGUAAGGCAGAACACCAUGUCAACAAGAUCAAAAAUCGCCGCACGGCACGCAAGAAAAAGCCGGCGAGUGUAAAGCGGUCCGAGAUGAUGUUCUUGCUUGAACUGAAGGGUGCCGAGUACGACUACUUGUUCGACUGGAAAUACCAGUCAACCGACGAGUCUCAGCGUUCCGACCAGCAGGGACCAAUCCAGUCAGAUGCGGUGAGUUCAGAUGACGAUUCAGAUGCACCAAGGUCAAAGACAAAGCCCUGGAUUUCUCAUCCACCAACGUAUCACCUUGCUGCGGUCGAGCCUCUUGUGGUUCGUCUUGAUCAGCAAGUCUUCCGUGCACAUCAAAGGUCAAACAAUGCACAAGGAAACACUUACCAUUCACAUAUCCGAGGAGCACGAGCGGAGAAGGAACUACCCAGCCGUAAAGGUGCCAAGGCUGGUGCACUGAUUUCGCGCAGCCAGGUCAGCGCAGGGUGGCUUGCGGCGCAUCCUGUCAACGAUCUCCCGAGUCAUAUUGCGAUGGAUGUGGAGGUCAAUGAGAAUGAGAACGACGUGGACGAUGAGGAUGGAGAGGGCCCGCAGAUUGAUCCAGCAUUGCAGUAA